AAACCUUGAAUCUACAUGGUCUCAGAAGAUGAAGCCUCAUCCAGAUUGAUUUACUGCAGUUUGUCAGAGAUCAGCUGUGAUUCUCUGGUCUCAGCUCUGAAGUCCAACCCAUCAUAUCUGACACAACUGGACCUGAACUUCAACAACCUGCAGGAUUCAGGAGUGAAGCAUCUGUGUGGUUUUCUGGAGAGUCGUCACUGUCGACUGGAGACUCUGAGAUUGAUUGGCUGCAGUUUGUCAGAGAUCAGCUGUGAUUCUCUGGUCUCAGCUCUGAAGUCCAACCCGUCACAUCUGACACAACUGGACCUGAGUGACAACGACCUGCAGGAUUCAUCAGUGAAGCCUCUCUGUGACCUGGUGCAGAGUCCAGACUAUGGACUGCAGACUCUGAGCUGGAGAUGAUCCAGAUGUAGAAGCAGCAGCAGUGUGUGUGUGGAGGUUCUGACUGGUCCAUGUUACUGGGAGCAGAGCUUCAUCCACAACUGACUGACAGAGGAACCAGAACCAGUGGAGACGAGUCUCAGUGUGAACUGAUCUGAGACCAGCUGCUCUGUGUCCAGUCCACCAGGAUCAUGUGGGAAAAGUGUCUGGUGCAGUAGUUAGAU